UGGAUAUUUUUGCGAUCUCGACGAUGUUGACUAACCUGGACGACGGCAGCAUGCGCGUCGUGGCUGGACCGAUGGACGAGCGCUCGAUCGAGGAGCUCAAGCGAAUCAACAGUGAUAUGCACAGGUCCAAGCAAGAGGCCGCGAACUACCGCGAACUCUUUCGUGUGGGGAACCCGGUGGGGGUGUACGUGUCGGGGUGCCCGGCACUCAUUCUGGCCGUGAUUGAAACCAAGGUGUUCACGUGGGAAGUGUGGAAGGAACUGUGUCUGCUCCUCGUCAACGAUAUCGAGAGCACUGGAACGCCUCCAUUCGAACCCCCUGCUGCGGCAGACGACGACGACGUAGAACCAUCGAAUGUCCUCGAAUCCGCCUUGAUCAAGGUCACCUUCAUCAACGAUCAGCCUGGAUUCUGCGGCAAGUUCAUUCUGGGGCACUGCAUUUCGUACUAGCGUCCCUGUAAUACCCAUAACAUUUUGAAUUUCAUCAAUGUGAUGUCGCGUCAUGCCAUCGUCGCGAUCACGACAUCCGCGACACAAACGCAACUCGUCCAAGGGCCAUGACGCGCAUUGGUGCAUUCCACC